GCCCCCAUCUCAUCAUCAUCAAGCAUCACAACCCCAUCAAGCAGCAUGGCUACCUUCAAGAUUAGUGACCGCCUGCAGGAGCUCUCGGCCAAGGGCGAAAAGUUUGUUUCCUUCGAGUUCUUCCCGCCCCGCACCGACGAUGGCGUCACCUCGCUCAUGAGUCGCAUCCAGCGCUACAAUGACCAGCAACCCCUCUUCAUGGACAUGACCUGGGGUGCCGGAGGCUCCACCUCGGACUUGACCCUCGACCUCUGCACCCGCAUGGUGAAGGAGUGCGGCGCCAACGCCAACAUGCAUCUCACCUGCACCAACAUGCCCUCGGAGAAGAUUGACAUUGCGCUCAAGGGCGCCCGUGACGCCGGUAUCCGCAACAUUGUGGCACUUCGUGGCGACCCGCCCGCGGGCGAAGAGGCAUGGGAGGCCGUCGAGGGCGGCUACAGCUGCGCCCUCGACUUGGUCAAGCACAUUCGCAAGGAACACGGCGACUUUUUCUCCAUUGCUGUCUCGGGCUACCCCGAAGGCCACCCCAACGCCAUCACCAAGGUCCAGGACGAGGCCGAGCUCACCGAAUCAGAGCGCGAGCGUGUCAUCGAGAUGGAAGACGGCUUGUACGUCUGCCGCGAUGGCGAUUUCCAAAAGGAGAUGGAAUACCUCAAGGCCAAGGUUGAUGCUGGUGCCGAUCUCAUCAUCACGCAGAUGGUCUUUGAUGCUCCCGUUUACGGCGCAUUCCUCAAGGCUUGCAAGGCCUACGGCAUCAACAUUCCCGUGGUGCCGGGCAUCAUGUGCAUUCAAAACGCUGGUGGUUUCAAGCGUAUGACUGCCUUUUGCAAGUCGCGCACCCCUGCUGCUCUCCGCGCCGCCGUCGAGGCUGCCGGCGACGACAAGGAGGCCAUUCGCAAGGUGGCCGUCGAGCAUGGCGCCCAGCUCUGCCGUGAUUUGCAGGCGGCCGGUGCCCCGGGCCUGCACUUUUACACCCUGAACCUCGAAAAGGUCACCCUGGCCAUCCUCGACGCGCUCAACCUGAACAAGGUGCCGGUCGAGUAACUUGUUCACCAUCGACAAUGCCGUCCCGCGGCACGUGACCGGCUUCACCGUGUCCAGCUUGAACGGGCACGGUGAUCACCCCAUCUUGUCUGUAUUAUUCUCUGUCAUCCGUCCAAUCGUGGUACCCCUGUGAUCCUCAAACCUUUUGUUAUUUGUUUGGUUGGGGAGUUGUAUCGCUUGGACUGGAGGCUUGCUCGUCCUCGGCUCGCAUUGGGCCGCAGCACUCCGCGCGCGCUUCAACAAGGCGCGUGCGUUGAGGCUGGCCGAGGGCGCGUGCGGAGCAACGCCGAUACUGCGGAAAUCGAAGCCAUAGCCACC